AUGAGCAUGGACAUGGAGAUCGACUCUCCCAAUUACAACCAGUCGGAUACCAGCGCAGAGGCCCAGCUCCAGGACUCUCCGUUGCUCAACGCAUCUGUCAAAUCGCGGCCUCUGCGGCCUGCAAGCCACCAGCGAACAAACUCGCUCAAGAGACCACUCACAAUGUCGCCCAAGGUGGACUCCCCCACUUGCUCCGUGCUGGCGGCCGACUUCUCUUCCAACUUCCAUGUCAACUCUGGCCAUCUAGCCAACCCCAAGAAGAUUCUUUUACCAAGCAUGAUGGGUGAGGAGAACAAGGAAAACGCCAAAAAAAUGCUCUACCGCAAGGGGAAAAGACUGCCUGCGUUCAAGUCCGACUCGCUAGCGUCCUCGUUCUACCACCACCGCUCAAACUCGUCCUCGUCGCUCGUCGCUGGCUCCCAGUCGUCCAUCUUCCACAACCGUUCGAAGUCGCAGCUGGACACCUCUACACCGAUCGCCAUACCUCCGCCCACGCAGGUGUCUCCAGAAACACAGUCCAUCAUUGGGAACAGCAGGCUCAAGAAGAGCUUUUCGCUCAUCAACCCGCAGUACAACAGCUUCAACCCGACGGAAUCGUCCUCGUCGAGCGAAAACGAGGACUCCGACCACGACGACGAGUGCGGCCGCAACGAGGUCGGGUCGCCGUUGCAGCAGAAGAACAGGUCGCACAGCAGGUCGCGCAUGGAGCUCAAUUCUGACAUCAAAAACAAGCUCCAGCGCGCCACGUCGAUGAUCCAGCCUCCUGGACCGGCCCCUAAGCCCAAACUCUUCAAACUGUCUACUUCCAGCUUCGAUGGAGACACGGGCGCUCUUUCUGCCGGUACCACCCAGCUGGCCAACACUAUCAACGAGCUGAACUUCGGCAGAGACGGGUUCCCGCUCGAAAGCAGGCGUAUCGACAAAUUGCACUUGGACGAGUCUCCGGUCGACUUUGGUCCCGGAAAUUCUGUCCUGGCCAAAAGUCCGGUCUCGACGUUUUUCGUGGAUGACUGCACACUUCCGCGCAUCAACGUUGACCAGUUCCACGAGAUCCUGGUGAGUUUCAAAGAGGAAGACAAGCAGACGGGGAAAAACAAAUAUCGCGAGUACUUUGACGAGCUCAUGGUUGUGGACUGUCGAUUUGAGUACGAAUUCAAGGGAGGCCACAUCGACUGCGCACUGAACGUGUCGUCGAAAAAAGAGCUGGAGGAGCUUCUGCUGGGCCAGUCGGUGAUCAAAAAGACCCCAAUGGAGCACACGGCCGAGUGUCGCAAGCUGCUAAUUUUCCACUGCGAGUUCUCUUCGCACAGAGGCCCGCUCAUGGCCAACCUGCUGAGAACGUGGGACAGAUACCUCAACAAGGAGUACUAUCCCCAUCUCUACUAUCCGGACAUUGUUAUCCUGGAAGGCGGGUACAAGAAGUUCUACGAGAGAUUCAAUGGAGUGCACUGCUAUCCGCUAAAUUAUAUCGAGAUGCACGAUCCUCAGUUCAAAGACGAAUGCGAAACCGGACUGUACAAGCUGCGCAAGGACUCCAAGCUGAGCCUCAACCGCAAGUCCUCGUUCCAGGAGAGACCGGGCUCGCUCUCGCUGCGCAAGAGCUACACGUCGACGUCUGUGCUGAGCUUUGCCGAAUCAACCAAGAGCACCACCAGCAUCUUCAGUUUUGCCGAGUCCAAGACGGAAAUCAGCGAACUGAGCGGCGACGGGGAGCUCGGCGGUUUCGGCAGCAGCAUCAGUCUCGACGACCUGUGCGACGAGUCGCCAAUCGCGAAAAAAAGCACCAUGCUGAAAACGUCGCCAGUCUCCAAGCCCAAAUUCGAGGAAUUCAAGAAACCACAGAGCCCGCAAAAACUGUUCAAACUUCCCAAUCUGCCGCAUCGCAAGACCCUGCAUUUCCGGUCCAAAACAGUGGGCUCGCUCACUUCCACGCCUCCCCAUUUCCCUCAUUUCUCAGACCUGACGCGCCGGUUUGAAAAGCACGUCGACACGCCGAUCAUCAAGAAAUAG